AUGUCAAUGAAUAAUUCGCCAAAUGUAUUCUUGGAUCCAAAUGCAAAUCGGUUUCAAGUUAACAUAAUUAAUGAAAGCCAUGACAACAAUGAAACAUCCCAAGAGGAUGUGGGCUCUGACCCACCACAUUAUGAAGAAACGUCUUUUACUGACGGAGCACAUAACAGACUGAGAAUUAGCUACAGACCAGGAAAAAGAGAAUUAUACGACAAUUUCCUUCAAAAUGGGGAGAAAACAGAAGCUAGUUUACAUCCCUAUGAUACUCACACUAAAAUGUAUUAUCUACAAACUUUUGGCCAUAACACAGUGGACCCAGUUCCAAAAAUUGAUUAUUAUAGAAACACUGGCAGUGUCAGUGGGAAUAAACUCAGCAGACCAAGCUUAUUAGAAAUUCAUGAACAACUGGCAAAGAACAUAGCCGUGAGCCCCGGCUCAGUCGAGAGAGUGGCUAAUGGAGAAAGCACCGCUGGAGAUGAGACAGCAGCCAGCAAGGAAGAAGAAAGCAAAACAGGACUUGUCAAGUUCGGAUGGGUGAAGGGUGUGCUGGUAAGAUGUAUGCUUAAUAUUUGGGGUGUGAUGCUUUUUAUUCGACUUUCCUGGAUUGUAGGUCAAGCAGGAAUUGGUCUUGGAAUCAUAGUUAUUGGUCUGAGUGUAGUAGUAACAACAUUAACAGGUAUCUCCAUGUCUGCCAUUUGCACUAAUGGAGUAGUAAGAGGAGGUGGAGCAUACUAUCUUAUUUCAAGAAGUCUAGGCCCAGAGUUUGGUGGAUCCAUAGGACUUAUCUUUGCUUUUGCAAAUGCAGUGGCAGUUGCUAUGUAUGUAGUUGGAUUUGCUGAAACAGUUGUAGAACUUCUUAAGGAGAGUGAUACACUGAUGGUAGAUGAGUCCAAUGACAUCAGAAUAAUAGGUACCAUAACUGUUGUAUGUCUUCUCGGCAUCUCUGUUGCUGGCAUGGAAUGGGAAGCAAAGGCUCAAGUUAUUCUUCUAAUUGUUCUCCUUGUUGCUAUUGCAAACUUCUUUAUUGGGACAGUUAUUCCUACCAACAACGAAAAGAAGGCAAGAGGCUUUUUUAAUUACGAAGCAUCAAUAUUUGCAGAAAACUUUGGACCAGAUUUCAGAAGUGGAGAAGGAUUUUUCUCGGUGUUUGCCAUCUUUUUCCCAGCUGCCACUGGCAUUCUUGCAGGAGCCAAUAUCUCAGGAGAUCUGGAAGAUCCACAAAGUGCGAUACCCAAAGGAACGAUGCUGGCCAUUCUGGUUACAACAAUUGCUUACAUUGGUGUUGCUGUAUGUGUAGCCUCCUGUGUUGUACGAGAUGCUACUGGGAGCAUCAAUGAUACAGUUGUACCUGGAAUGAGCUGCAACGGAUCAUCUGCCUGCAGUCUAGGCUAUGAUUUUUCCAGAUGUGCAAGUCAGCCAUGUGAUUAUGGGCUGAUGAAUAAUUUUCAGGUGAUGAGCAUGGUGUCUGGCUUUGGUCCUCUCAUCACAGCUGGCAUCUUUUCUGCUACUCUGUCAUCAGCUCUAGCAUCUCUUGUCAGCGCACCCAAAGUUUUCCAGGCUCUUUGCAAGGACAACGUCUACAAAGGGCUCCACUUCUUUGCCAAAGGAUACGGAAAAAACAACGAACCCAUCAGGGGAUAUGUUCUCACUUUCGUGAUUGCUAUGGCAUUCAUUUUGAUUGCUGAACUGAACACCAUCGCUCCCAUCAUCUCCAAUUUCUUCCUGGCUUCAUACGCUUUGAUUAAUUUCUCCUGCUUUCAUGCCUCAUACGCAAAAUCUCCAGGCUGGAGACCUGCGUUCAGAUAUUAUAACAUGUGGGUGUCACUUUUUGGAGCCCUGUUGUGCUGUGGUGUCAUGUUUGUCAUCAACUGGUGGGCAGCUCUCAUCACUUAUGCCAUUGAGCUCUUUCUAUAUAUUUAUGUAACAUAUAAGAAACCAGAAGUAAACUGGGGCUCUUCUACACAGGCUCUUUACUAUAUUAAUGCCUUAGACAGCGCUCUGGCAUUAACUACAGUGGAAGACCAUGUGAAAAACUUCAGACCCCAGUGCAUAGCACUAACAGGAGCUCCUAUGAUCAGGCCUGCUCUGCUAGACAUCACACAUACUUUCACAAAGAACAACGGGCUGUGCAUCUGUUGUGAAGUGUACACGGGACCACGCAAGCUGUGUGUUAAGGAGAUGAACAGUGGCAUGGCAAAAAAGCAGGCUUGGCUUACAAAGAACAAAAGAAAAGCCUUUUAUGCAGCAGUGGCAGCUGACAGCUUCAGAGAUGGAGUCAAAAGUCUACUUCAGGCCUCAGGCUUGGGUAGAAUGAAACCAAAUACCUUGGUGAUUGGAUUUAAGAAGGACUGGAGAAAUGCCACUGCUGCGCAAGUUGAAAACUAUGUGGGCGUUAUACAUGAUGCCUUUGAUUUUGAGCUUGGCAUGAUUAUCGUCAGAAUUAGCCAAGGAUUUGAUAUAUCUCAGGUCCUCCAGGUUCAAGAGGAAUUAGAGAAGCUGGAGCAGGAGAGAUUGGCACUGGAAGCUACCAUUAAAGAAAAUGAUUUUGAAGAAGGAAAAAGCGGCAUCUGUGGAUUCUUCAAGAAAGCCAGCAUCCUCAAUAUCUCAAAACAUGAAAAAAAAAAGGAGAGCACCAUUAACACAAUACAGUCAAUGCACGUGGGGGAAUUCAAUCAGAAGCUGCUAGAAGCCAGCACUCAAUUUAAAAAGAAGCAAGGAAAAGGCACAAUUGACAUUUGGUGGCUGUUCGAUGAUGGAGGUCUAACAAUCCUAAUUCCUUACAUUCUAACUAUCAGGAAGAAGUGGAAAAGUUGCAAAUUAAGGAUCUUCACUGGAGGAAAAGUCAAUAGGAUUGAAGAAGAAAAACUAGUGAUGGCUUCUCUUCUAAGCAAAUUCAGAAUAAAAUUUGCUGAUAUUAAUAUCAUUUGUGACAUCAAUAUAAAGCCCAACAAAGAGAGCUGGAAAUUCUUUGAAGAGAUGAUUGAACCAUAUCGCCUCCAUGAAAGCUGCAAAGAUAUAACAACUGCUGAGAAAUUAAAGCGAGAGACUCCAUGGAAAAUUACAGAUGCAGAGCUGGAAGCAUUCAAGGAGAAGAGUUACCGCCAAGUCCGUCUGAAUGAACUCUUACAAGAGCAUUCCAGGGCAGCUAACCUCAUUGUCCUGAGCCUCCCAGUGGCAAGAAAAGGAGUAGUGUCCGAUUACCUGUAUAUGGCUUGGCUAGAAAUUCUCUCCAAGAACCUUCCUCCAGUCUUAAUGGUCAGGGGCAACCACAAAAAUGUACUGACUUUCUACUCGUAGAAAAAAAUUAGUGCCUAGAAUAUCCCUUGCUUGAUUUCAACACCUACAUUUUUAAUGGCAGUGAUUUAUUAAAGACACAUUUAUCUAAUACAGAUCUAAAAUUUAGUAAUUGACAGAUUUUUUUUUUUUUUAAUUCAAAACAACAGUGAAGAAUUAGACAAAAAAAUGUAAGUGGUCCCUGCUGGUGUCACACUCCAGUACAGGCAAAAGGAAAAUCUAC